AGAUUCUUAUCUUCGUUUUUCGUCCUUUGUUCCUUUUGCCCGAUCUUUCUUGGAUGUUCUCCUCCUUUUCUGCGCCUUUUUCCGUUUCUGCUCUCCGUUUCUGCCCUCCGUUUCCGCGCCGAGAGACAGACGCUCAGAACGCCGAGCUGGCAGCGGAGUCGCUGCUCGCGUGCUCUGUGCGAAAAGCUGCUCGUCGAACCAGUAGGACGUUGCAAACUCUGUCGAAAACGGAUUGAACAUGUCGCUUCUUCUCGUUUUCUUGCAUGAAAGUCUUCCUCCGUCUCAGUUUCCCCGAUGACUGGUUUACGCUUCGUGAUUCUUUGAGGUCGGACUGCCGUUCCGUGUGAUUUCCUGUCACCCCAGACUCUCCCUCCAUCGCCUCGUCGUUUCUCUCCUUUCCUGUCAUUUUCCUCGCUUCUUCUUCUUCUCGCUUCUCCUCGUCUUCUCGCUGUCUUUUCCUCUCCAUCUUCCUUUCUUCCGGUUUUCCUCCGCGCUUUUCUCUGGUCCCUGUUGUCUCGUUGUGUCGUCCUUCCUCGUCUUUUGAUUGACCGCAUCGCGAAGAGAGGUAGCUUUUUUCGCAUGCACGAGAGAAUCUAGAACCUGGGCAAAGUGCCUCCACUUUCUACCCUCCGCAUUUCGCCUUCUUGCGAAAACGGAACUUUCUCUUUUUUUCUCUCGCGCGCCUGCCGCUUGCCCUCUCUCCCCUCCACUACCACUGGUUCCUUCGAGUCGUCUCUGAUGUCUUUCUUCGCGUCUCCUUCUCUUCCUUCUUCUCUCUCCUCUUCUUUCUCGUCUCUCUCUUCCUCCUCCUGUUCUUCUCCCCUCCAUUCCACCUCUUUUUCUUCCCUCCCUUCUUCUUUUCCUUCUUCCUCUCCACCUUCUUCUCUCUCUUCUCCGGUUCCGUCUUCCUCCUUUUCUUCUCUCCCUUCUUCUGCUUCUUCUCCUUCGCUCUCUUCUGCCUCGUUUUCUUCUCUCCCGCCUUCCUCGUCUUCUCCUCUGUCUUCUUCCUCGUUUUCUUCUCUUCCACCUUCCUCUUCUUCUUUUCCUUCUCUCUCUUCUGCCUCCUUCUCUUCUCUGCCCGCGUCCUCUCCUUGUCCCCUCCCUGCUUCCUCGUCUUCUCCUUUGUCUUCUCUUGCUUCUCUCUCUACUUCCCUCUCUUCUUCUUUCUCUUCUUCUUUCUCUGCUUCUGGAGUGGAGGCCCUGGGAGACGCGGGAGACACAGCAGAAACAGCGCAAGAGGACCACAGCGAGGAGAGAGAAAUGCGAGUUGCAGCUGAGGACAGACUCGCGGAGAAGAAGGAAACUCUUCUUUCGUCGUCGUGCGCCCAUCCCGCGUCUGCAUGCACGGCGGCGCGUUCUGCUGAUUCUUCGGCGUCUUCCGAUGCUUCCGAGUUCUCUGUGUCUCCCCACGCACAAGAGGAACUUUGCUCGGCAGGUCCUGGUCCGUUGUACGCCGCCUUCGCCGACAGUCGGCUUGGAAAACUUUUCCAGCGCUUCGGAGGAAGUGGAGAAGUCUCGCAGAAGUCUCUCUCUUCCUCUCUCUCUUGCGCGUCGUCCUCUUCUCGGUCUGUCGCUUCUCUCCCGUCUGCCCAGUCGUCUCUGUUUCAUUUGCCGCGUUCCGUCGACUCGGAAACAGAGAGGGAAGCGCAUAUCCACCGGGAAAGACACCCGCCAAUGUAUCGCGUCGUCCCGCAUGCACAGACGCCGACUCAGGAGGCUUCACACUCCACGGGGGCGGAGGUCCUGCGCCCGCUGGUUCGCUUCUCCCGGCCUCUCGCGCAGGAUCUACACCUGUUCCCGGCGCCGGCGUUGCACGAUGACCGCGGCCAGUUGUUGAUUCUGAUGGAGCUGUCUCGCCUGAGAGGAGAGAUGAUGCAGCUGCAGCUGGCAGCGGCGAAACCUGCAAAUAUCAUCAUCCAAAACAAAACGGAAGUCGCCGCUUCUUCGGAGGCGACACUGCACCAGUCGCGCGAGGAGGCGCCGCGAAACCGAUUUCUUGAGUGGCUCAAGAGAUUCUUCAGCAGCCGCGUAAACCAAUUUCUUCUCCUCUCCGGUCUCGGUCUGGGGUGCUACAUGCUUCUUGAGCACUGGCGAUAUAGCUGGCGCAUGGCGCAACUGCGUAGACGCGUUGAUAGCAACAUUGUUCUCCGAGGCGUGCAGAUGUUGGAGGAGACAAUAGGGGUGCGGCGACCAUCUUCGAUCUUUUGACGAGUGUGUCGUUUCUGCUUCUUUUUUACGUAUUUUUCCCUCUCUCUCCGGUCGUUACAUCCGUCUCUUGUGUCGCGCCGUUUCUUCCCGUCCCUGUUGAGUUUUUGCCUUCUUUUGCCUCUGGCGUCCGUGUUUUCUCCUCUAAAUUCGUUUGUCGUCUCGUCUUCCUCGCGGCGAGGGCUCUGUGCUUUUCUCUGUUCUUUCCGCUGGUGCAUCUGCGUUGGCCGUGUGGGUCGCCUUCGUGACCCAAAACUGGAACUUUUUACAGGAAAAGGUUGGAAACGGUUCCCUUUUCGAAUCCGGAGUUGAUGGCAGCACCGCGAGAGAAGAGCGACGGGGGAGAGGCUCCCCCGACGGCUGUUGUCUGUUUUUGCUUCGUUUCCAGCCGAAGCCUGGAUGUCCUCGAUCCGCAUGGCGCGAUCUGUGUCCUCUUCCGGCAGCGGUAGAGCCACAACAGAAAGCCGCGGAAGCGUCACACGUUUCGUCACACAUCUUCGUCUCGACGCAGGCGACGCAGCAUGCUUUUUUCGAACCUCCUUUGGGCAUCUUUUCUCAAGCGCCACCCGCGAAGGUUGCAGAUGAGUGUGUGCUCUGUCUCUCGCAGAAAGGUCUGUGUUUUGACGGGUCGCUGGCGGGGAAAAACCUCAGGUCCGACAGAAAGCCACUCUCGUACAGCGACAAGCGACUUGCCAGCGACCCUCCGCAACAGUGACGGAGUCUGGAGACCUAUGUCGGUCGCAACGUAGUGCAACUCAUGGAUUCAGAGCUCAAGAAUCAGAUGAAACACGGAGAGAAAAUGACGGAGGAAAGACAGGCUUUUUUCUUUUUUUCUUCUACCGGGGUCUUCAAACUCUAGAACAUGCAUGCAUGUGCUGAACUCCCCGAGUCGAGGGCUUCACCCUCUCUGUUUCUUUGCCGC